UUCCCCGAGACAAAAUUUGGGUAAAGCUGUUGGGAGAUUGAGAUUCACAGUAGAGAUUUCUCAGAGCGUUUUUGUGGAAUUUUCAAAUGAAAUUUUAAUCUUGACUAUCAUUUUGUGGAAGAGCAAAUUGUAGAUUGCAGGCCUGGGGUUAUUUCAACAGAAAAAAAAAAAGGCUUCCGUAUUUGUUUGAUUUGUACCUUCUCCUGAAGUAUGUUGGUUUGAAUCUCAAGUAGUCUGGAGCGUCAGACAUGGAUCGAAAUGGAGGUCAAAUUUAGGUUCCUGUAAGAUCCAUUUUUUGCGGCAGGAUGAAGAAGAAAGGAUGCUUAGUUAGUGAUGAAAUUGGCUUCUGAAUCCAGCUGUUCUUUAAAGGAGUUUAAAUCCCUCUGAGAAUCUGUAGUCUUCUGAAAUGUUGGUUUUGACUUCAAGAUUAUAGCUUUCCCUUUUGCAUCCAUAGUUUAGCUUUGCUUCCAUGAUCAAAUUCGCAAGAUUUUGCGUUUGAGAGAUAUCUAUGUGGUGAAAUCUUUAUCAUGAAAUUGAAAUCGUUAAAGGUUUGAAAGAGGAAAAAUGAGCAACCGCGAAAGAAGAGGAUCAGUGCGACAAUACAUACGCUCCACGUUUCCUCGCCUUCGCUGGACUCCUUAUCUCCAUGACUGUUUUGUGAACGUAGUAGAACGGCUUGGAGGACGAGAUAAGGCAACUCCGAAGUUAGUCCUCGAGAUGAUGAAUGUAAAGGGACUUAGAAUCUCCCAUAUUAAAAGCCACCUUCAGAUGUACCGAUCUACCAAGAAUGAUGAAGAAAACUUUGGAUGCCUUACUGCGGAAUCCGACCCUAAAUUCCUUCUAAAGCAGCAGAUAAGGAGUUUUCAAGAGCAUUCUGUUAUAAAUAAUUAUGGUUAUCAGCGUUCACUGACAAGGUUAUUGACCGAAGAGGCUGAAUAUUUUGGCACGGCAGGUGAAGAAGUUACAGAUCUGGAAAACACUACUUCAACAGGUCACCAUGCACUAAUAAGCCAAAGCAAUGAAAAUCACAUGCAAAAUGAUAACUUCGGAGAUGGUUCGGUUUCGAGUCAAUGUCAUAUUCCUCUACUGAAAAGCUAUGGAGAAAAUAAUAUGAAUCAAAUUAUACAAGAUGCAUUUCAUGAUCAAAGGAAAAUAUUCAAGCCUUCAGAGAAUUCUAGUACAACCCAUGGUUGCAACCAAGGAAAUUUGAACCAGGCGUCAUCACAGACAAGUUUCAAGGCCAACAACUUGGAGGAUUUUCUUCGCUUAUUAUUAUCAAAUGAGCAAUGUCAACAAAUAAAUAUUCAACAACCAUUAAAUUGGAGGGUCCCUUCGGAACCAUCAUUGGUAGAAAGACCGAAUCAGAAGAGUGGGAAAACAGCUAUUUCUCAACAGAAUAAAAAACAAUGGGAGAUUCCUCACAAUGAUUUUGCUGCUAACAAAAUGAUUAAUUGUCCAGAAAGUCACCAUGGAUCAAUUACAGGUGGCUUUAGAACAGGAAACACUAUUAACUUGGAUUUGACCAUGUCAAUUUGACAUAUUAUAUGCAAUAGGAGAAUACUAAUAGUAACUUUAUUCACAUUCUAUAUUCUAAAUAUAGUCUGUAGCUAAAUGAUGAAGCUGUUGGACAGUUCAAAGAUGUUUUAUA